AUGGAUAAUAAAGAGAGCGUAAGAUUGUAUGUGAAAAAAGUAAUAGAACAUAGAGAAAUCGAAAGUAAAGUAAAAAAAUUAAGAUUAGAUAUAAAAGACUUGAAUAAAAAAUAUGAAAAAACCGAAGAUAAUUUAAAAGCCUUACAAAGUGUAGGGCAAAUAAUAGGGCAAGUGUUAAAGCAAUUAGAAGAUGAUAAGUUUAUUGUGAAAGCAUCAAGUGGGCCCAGAUAUGUAGUAGGGUGUAAGUCAAAAAUAAAUAAAAGUAAAUUAGAAAUUGGUACAAGAGUAUCACUAGAUAUGACAACAUUAACAGUAAUGAAAAGAUUACCAUGUGAAGUAGAUCCAUUAGUAUUUAAUAUGAUAAGUGAUAUAGAUAAGAGUGAAAAUAGUACAAAUAAAGUAAAUUAUAACCAAAUAGGUGGAUUAAGUGAGCAAAUAAGGCAAAUGAGAGAGGUAGUUGAAUUACCAAUAUUAAAUCCAUUUUUAUUCAAAAGAGUAGGAAUUAAAACCCCAAAAGGUGUUUUAUUAUAUGGUCCACCAGGAACAGGAAAAACAUUAUUAGCAAGAGCUAUGGCUUCUAAUAUUAAUUGUAAUUUUAUGAGAAUAGUUGUUUCAUCUAUCGUUGAUAAAUACAUUGGUGAAAGUGCUAGAAUUAUCAGAGAAAUGUUUACAUAUGCUAAAGAGCACCAACCAUGUAUUAUAUUUAUGGAUGAAAUUGAUGCUAUUGGUGGACGAAGAUUUUCUCAAGGUACUUCUGCUGAUAGAGAAAUUCAAAGAACACUUAUGGAAUUAUUAAAUCAUUUAGAUGGUUUUGAAGAAUUAGGAAACGUUAAAAUUAUUAUGGCUACUAAUAGGCCUGAUGUAUUAGACCCUGCUUUGGUUCGACCUGGAAGAUUAGAUAGAAAAAUUGAAAUUCCUUUACCAAAUGAAACAGCAAGAAUUGAAAUUUUGAAAAUACAUGCAAAUAAAAUGACAAAAAUGGGGGAUAUAGAUUAUGAGUCUGUUUGUCGAUUAUGUGAUGGUUUUAACGGAGCUGACUUAAGGAAUGUAUGUACUGAAGCAGGAAUGUUUGCUAUCAGGGCUAUGCGUGAUUAUGUUAUUGAGGAAGAUUUUUAUAAAGCCGCUCGAAAAAUUAAUGAAGCUAAAAAAUUAGAAGGAAAAUUAGAAUAUGAAAAAAUAUAA